CUAAGCAAUUGGAAGAAUGUUUGGAAUUGAAAUAUUUCGAAAGACUCGACGAAUUUCAUUUGUUCAAAAUGUUACAAAGGAUGUACGAGAAGAAAAUGUCUUCGUUGUCGUACAAAUUAUUAUUGGAUGCGGUACACCAGUGAACAUGUUCAAUUGCAACAUUUGCGAAUCUAGGGCAAGCAGAAAGAACAUUGUAUUGACGCACCUGAGACAUGAGAGAAAAUUAUACCAAAGACAAAUCCUACAAUAAUGAAAUAUUUACAAUACAUUUUUUCACAUAUUUUGGAAGACGGUUGGAAUCAUAUUGUUACAAAAGACUACCAUCAUCAUGGUUAUUAUCGGCUGAGUGAUGAAGAUACCAACGCGAAAAAUCAUCCAACGAACGAAUUGUUAGACGAAUAUGAUCCAAUUCAAGAUAACAAUGAUAAUGUCAAUGACGGGGUUGAUGAUAACAACGAUAACAAUCCCAUAAACAAUAGAUACGUUUGCGAUUUUUGUUGCAAAAGAUAUUCCUUAAACGGUUUAAAAAAGCACAUGCAAACUGGUUGUAAGAAAAAUCCAAAGAACAAUAGUGCAUGUUACAAUUGUAAAUAUUGCGGUUAUACAAGUGUGUACAAAGCUAACAUGGAAAGACACGUUAGAAAUAUUCACGAUCUUGUAAAUGAUAGAGUACGUUGCGAAUUAUGCAAUUUUUCUAGCAAUUACACAUUUUGCGUUAGGAGACACAUGAAAACAUUUCAUCGCAAAUAAUAAUAAUAAUAAUAAUAAUAAUAAUAAUAAUAAUAAUAAUAAUAAUAAUAAUCAUUAAAAUAAUAUAAAAUAAAUGUGUAAAAUUGUUGUAAAACAACAACCAUGAUGUUGG